UUCGCUUUUGUAAUAGUAGCAGCAGGAGGUAAGAGACAGAAUGAGUGAUAUCGAACAGUUCUACCGAAUUUUUUAUUAGACUGAAAAUUGUUAGAGGCGAUAUUGGAGCAGUGCAGUAGUCAAAACCGAGUGUUGAAGAUGGAUACAUCUAAGGAUAUCUUUCAGUCUCGAUUAUAUAAACUCAAUCGUACGCUACUUUCGUUGCUGGGGCAAUGGCCCUUUCAAAAGAACAAAGACAGGCGGGUUAUCUUUGUGACGGUGUCGGUUAUCGGUCUAACACAAGUCAUCGCGCAGGUACUCGCUUUAGUGACAUUACGCGGCGAUCUUGAUGCUACCAUCGAAUGUAUACCACCACUUAUAAUAGAUGGUGUGUGCAUCGUUAAGCUGACGAACCUGGUGUGCAAUAUAGAAAAGAUCAAGAUACUUCUUAUACACAUGCAAAGGGAUUGGCAAUCGUGGACCAUCCAAAGCGAAUUUGAAAUUUUGCAUAGGUUUGCGGAGAGUGGAAGAAGCAUUACUAUCGGCUAUGCUAGUGGUAUGUAUGCAUUUGGCAGCCUUUUUCCUUUUCUCGCGAUAAUUCCGAAAAUAAUCGGCAAAAAUGUAACAUCCGACUAUCCAACGCGGCCAGUGGGAUUUCCAUAUCACGUGGAAUAUUAUAUAGAUCUCGAAAAGUACUACUAUCCCGUGUUGAUUCAUAAUUACUUAACUACUGCUAUUCGUCUUAAUACCAUAGUCGCGUCUGACACCUACGUGACUAUUCUGGUACAACAUUGUUGCGCACUAUUUUCAAUCGUCAGAUAUCGGCUAGAGUGUAUAAGAAAAACCAUCGAGCAAGAUAAGGAGCUCGCUUCGCUCGAGGAAGAUAAUAAAUUUUACAAAAAUUUCGUAUAUUGUAUACAAAAACAUAGAGAUGCUCUACGAUUUGCGAGGUGCUUAGAGACUGUCUACACAAAUGCGUUUUUCGUGGAAGUUGGCUUAAUUAUAUUGGCUAUGAGUAUGUCGGCUCUACAGGCAACUAAUGGCACCCUCACUCCACAUCUUGCAAUUCGGCAUUCCGCGUAUAUUAUCGCUCAAUUAUUGCAUUUAUACAUGGCCUGUUGGUUCGGGCAACAAGUAAUCGAUCACAGCGAUCACGUUUAUACAUCGACUUACCGAGGUGAAUGGUAUGAAGCAUCACCCAAAUCCAGGAAGCUCUUGAACAUGAUAAUGCUGAGAAGCACUUCACCUUGUACGUUGACCGUUGGAAAAAUCAUGAUUCUUUCUCUUCCCAGUUUCAGCGCAGUCGUACGUGCAUCUGUUUCGUAUUUCACAGUCUUACGAUCUGUACGGUAAUACAGAAUUUUCAAACUUUCUCUUCUAAAAAAUGUAAAAUU